GCUGCCGCCGACGCUGACCGCCUAGCUGAAGAGGUUCGACAAGAGCAGGAACAUGCCGCUCAUGUGGAUAGACAACGAAAAGGGCUUGAACUUACUGCAAAGGAACUACAAGCCAAGAUCGAAGACGCCGAGAGGGCUAUGCUUCAAUUUGGACAAAAAGCGUUGUCCAAGGUCGAAGAGAAAGUACGUCAAGUCACCGCUCAGUACCAUGCAGAAACACGCCGUCAUCAAGAUGCCAUCAAAGGCUUGGCUAAACAGGAACGACGCUCUCGCGAACUUCAGUUCCAGGUGGAGGAAGACAAGAAGAUGUUUGAUCGACUACAAGAGAUGGUAGAGAAACUGCAGCAAAAGAUCCGUGUGCAGAAGAGACAAAUCGAGGAAGCGGAGGAGGUGGCUACACAGAAUCUGUCCAAGUUCCGCCAAAUCCAGCUGGCUCUUGAAAAUGCUGAAGAACGUGCCGAAGUCGCUGAGAACAGUCUCGUCCGCAUGCGAACCCAACAACAGAAGCAGCGAGUGAAUUGA